GUUUUUCACAGUCAAGUUUACAUAUAUUAAAAAAAAGAAAUUAAGAAAUGUACUGAGAAAAACAAGAAAUUAAUAACUGACUGUGGGAACUAAAAGAGAAAUUUUUAUCUUUAAUUAUUCCAAAUUGAUGGGGCUUUUUAUUCAUUUGACCCCAAACUAAAAUCAAUUAAUUCCGGUUAAAACUCAACUUCGGUGAAUUCAACUGAAGCCAUUUGAAGGCCAGCGUGACCUCAGCUUGCUGCAGAGACAGAAAUACCACCAUCUAGUGGUCAUACCUUUUCAUUUACCCCAGAGGAAUCAUGGGUAAAAACACUCAGUUCUCAUCUAUUGAGGACACUGACUCCAUCAGAGAGAGAGAGUUUAUGUCCAAGCAGUGUAUGUCACUGAAUAUUACACUGCUGUUGUCAUGGUAAUUAUUCAUGACGACAGGCUCUCGGCUUUGCUUCCAUUUUCUUCUGUCUCCAGGAAACAAACGCUGCAUCCCGUUGGCCACUUUCACCGAACAAGCAGGCAGUGUGGUGGGGGAAUUAAAGUGACACAGCUAUAUUAUGUUGAAAGUAAAGCAGAGCAGCUCACAAGGGUGAGAUCUUUAAAGGGAGGGCGCGGGAGUAGCCUUUUUAUAGACGAGACCCGCUCAGGAUCAGAAUCUCUCCAGACUUCCAUAACCUUAAAGGAGACAGGAGUAAUUUCCAUUGGAUAAGGGCUUUAACUGGAAGCUUUGUUUUCUUGCUUUAUUUCUCUACUGGGUUGAAAGGCACAGAUGGACAAGCAGCUGAUGCAGAGGGCAGUUCCUUGCACAGCACACUUGGAAAGCGAGGACCUGAAGGCAUCUUGAAAUAGAAAUUCAAAAAAGAGGAGGAGGAGAAGGAGGAGAGAAAGGAGGGAGGGGGUUUGACUGAGAGCAUUGGUAUGCCAAGCUCAGUAGCCAGCAUGGCUGUGCAGAAGAAACAGAGUGUCAUCCCUCCAUCGCAGGGACCACUUUCUACACGUACCAUCGAGAGCCAGAGGAAGAAGAACGGAUAUGAAAGAGCAGGAGAAAAUAUCAAACCAAAUUCACAGGCAAAGAAAACGGCCUGUUCUGUCAACAAGUCUGCCCAGAUCUGCAACACAGCCGCUCCACGAGCCACAGCAGUGGCUAAUGGACCAAAUGUUGAUGAGAGGCUGAAAGCGGCACGGGAAAGAAGAGAAGAGCACCAGAAGCUGCUUGCCUCCCGGGAGCUGAGCAGGUUGGAGCGGGAGCAGCGGGCCCGGCAGUACCACGAACAGCAACUGCAGCAGCGCAAGAAGAAACUCCUGGAGCAGAGGCUGAAGGAGGAGAGGAGGCGCGCUGCUGUGGAAGAGAAGCGCAAGCAGAGACUGAAGGAGGAGAGAGAGCGAUAUGAAUCAGCAGUGCGUAGGACACUGGAGAAGAGCCAAAGAGCCCAGCAGAGCCUUGGUCAAAACUCAAGAGGAAGGAAGCUCACCAAGAACGUUCCACGUCGCUUACCACUGACAACAUGGGAGAAGAACUUGGUCAGUCGCCUCCUUACCCCCACAUGCUCUUAUCUGGCGAGGAGCAAGAGUGCUGGUUGUCAGUCAGGAGACGAAGUUGUCCAUGUUUGUCGCCGUGCAGUUUCAUUCCACUCCAUGACUAUCACCACCACCACCACCACUACUACCACCCCCCAUCACAAGCCCCAGCAACACUCUGGUUCAGUCCACAACAGGCCAUCUGCUUCCCCCAGUCCCAGCAACAGCCAGCACAGACGCAUCAAUCUGGCACAGGUCAAAUCGGUGAGACAGCAAGAAGCUAAAGGGAAGAACUCAAGUAGCGGCUCAAAUACUAGAUCACCUGCCGUCAAACCGGCCACAGUUACAAAAAGCAGAACAGCCUCCCCCUCUCCUGAACGGACCCCCCGGAGAUCAGUCAGCAGACAUCCAACCCCGCUGCAGCAUGAGCUCCCGUCGGUCCCAGAGGAAGAUGUUUCCGUUUGUAGUUCUGCCCUCUCUCCUGGUAACUCAAGGCCUGUCCGGACAUCAGCUGAAAGUCAGCAAGAGAAGAGGAGGAACAAAAACCCACCAGAGACUCCAUGUUCAAACCUGCCUGACAACAAGACAGAAGUUCUAACUAGAACAGCAGGAGACGGAAGUCCUCUUCCCCCUUCAGCUCCAGAGCCUCCUCAGGUCAUUUGCAGGCCUUCAGCCGGGACUACAGACCCGGAGGAGGCCUCGCGUCUCCUGGCUGAAAAGAGGAGAGAGGCCCGACUUCAACGGGAGAAGGAGGAGCAGGAGCGGUUGCAAAGAGAGGAGGCCGAAAGGCGGUGUCGCGAGGAGCUGGAGCGCAGGAGGGCAGAGGAGCGAGCACGACAGCAGGCCGAGGCUCAGCGUCUCAUAGAGGAGAAGAGGAGAAGGGAGGAAGAGGAGCAGAGACGAGCCGAGGAGGAAAGAGCUCAGGCUAUGAGAGAAGCGGCUCUGCUGCAGAAACAGAGAGAGGAGGAACAGGCCAAGGAGAGGGCAAAAGCAGAGCAGAUCAAACAAGAGCGAGAAAUGCUCGCGCAGAAAGAGGAGGCAGCACGCCAAGCACGAAAAAAGCGACUUGAGGAGAUCAUGCGGAGAACCAGAAGGACAGAUUCUCCAGAUAUGAAAUCUGUACCAGUGAGGACCUUGCCAAACGAAGCCCAACCAAAGGAAAACGCGGAGCCCACAGUGCACAAUGGCACCAUAGAAGAUGCUGUCAAGCUUCCAGUGGGGACCAAGACGGCACAGCUGAGGCUAAACAAUGAGGAGGACAUGGUGCCUGUUGUGGCCUUCAAAGAACGCAGGUCUCUCAGGACUCUCGCAGGCCUGGAGGAAAUCCAAACCCACCAACGUGCAGAGGUCAUCUGAGCGCUGACAAAGCCGACAGAGGUUCUAAAAGUUUUGUUGGAGAGCAGUGAGCAGUGAAACACAGGACUUCCUGCAGCACAGCCGUCGUGCUGACCUUCGGCACCUCGAAAGAGCAUGUUAAAAAAAUAAAUAAAUAAAGAUUACAGCCUUUCCUCUCACUGAGGACGUCAGCAUUUGCUCACUUUUCUGUGUGUAACCAUAUUGGGCAAGUUAGCCUGUUUAUUCAUUUCUUCAAUACAGCAGGUUUCUGAACUAAUAGUGACUAUCCAAAACUCAGUAGAUGUAGACAGUGAUAAUGAUAGUUUGCUGGAUAGACUUGCCUCUGUGAAAUACUAGGAAUAGCCAAUCUAACAACCACAACAUAUGUUAGCCAUAUGCUUCUUGCUUAUUCCUGAUAUUUCUUGCCAUCUAAGCACCUUUCCUUCCUCAGUUUUGUCACUGUGGAAUUAUAAUUAGCUCAAGUGGCUGCUAAGAACCAAGAAGAGUUUAGGUUGUUGGGGGAUAAAUAUCUUACCCUUCUGAGUUUGUCAAGUAUAGCAAUCACAUAUUUCAAAGCUGCUAAGGAACUUAGUUUCCAAAGAUUUUGCUUCGGUUUUGUGAGUGUUGUUUUAGAGAAUACGAUGCACAAAAAAAACAUGUAUUGCACUAACAGCUGUUUUUGUUUGAUAAUCGCGCAAUCACUUUACAAAGCAAAGUUUGAGACCUAGGGGUUAGGUGAGUUUAUUAUAAUAAAAGCAUAUAAAAACAAAUGUAUCUGAUCAUCAGUAUUUGAUCUUAUAGUAGAAGUACUGCUUAUAUCUGUCACUUGGUAAACUGUUUAAAAAUUGAAAUUUAUGCCAUAUUUAAUUAAAGUUGAUACAAUGCCA